AUGCUGAGUGCUGCAGCUUUCGCGUCCACCGCAGUUCUUCUGGCGGCCUCGAUCCCGAGCACGGAUGCUCACGGUUACAUGUUGAUCCCCGAGUCGCAGUUUAAGGGCUCCGCGAAUUCGGCCUGGAUCGUGCAGAUCGACCCCGUUUGGGCGAGUGAGGACUGGGAUGGCAACAAGCCAGGCAGUGUGAACGCAUUCAAGGCUCUGAAAACGGCCAACAAAUUCAAGGACCUGAAAACGCUCAUGGACGACACGUCCGUUUACGGUGCCGAUUGUGGCUUCACGGACCCUAACGGUAAGGCUCAGCCAAUUCCCAAGGAUGGCAAGGCUACCUUUUCGCGUGCUCUUGUGCAUGUGGGUCCGUGUGAGAUCUGGCUUGACGACACCAAGGUGUUGUACGAGGACGACUGUUUCAGCAAGUACGGAAACGAGAACCAGGACAUCAAGUCGGUGUUCCCUGUGGAUUACUCCUCGUGCGACAACGGUGGUUGCAAGGAGAUGCGUUUCUACUGGCUGGCAUUCCAGGGCGUGGACGGCAAGACUGUGUGGCAGUCCUACAAGGAUUGCAUUCCCCUCGAGGGUUCCGGAGGGGGCGGCACUUCGCAGCACGGCGAUUCCCCGUCUAGUGGCAAAUCUGAUAGCCCGUCAAGCGGCAAAUCUGACAGCCCAUCCAGCGGUAAAUCGGACACCCCGUCGAGUGGCGAUUCUCCUACUCCGGCCCCGGCAUCGGGUGACUCUCCGAAUCAGGGAUCGGCGCCGGAGACCCCGUCCGCAGAGACCCCAGAGGUCAGUCCGGCCCCGUCGUCCAAGUGCAACGGCCGCAAACGUCGCAACUAA